UUGUUACGACUGAGCUGUCACCGGGAAGUACGAACGAUCACUCUGGAUAUGUUUACGUCCACGUAGUAGAAUAAUUAGUAUACAUUUCAUGGAAAGUAAAGACAGAUUAACAGCUUUAUCAGUUGUUUUGGAUGUUAAAGACUUGGAACCAUCUUCCUUUGAGACCAAAUUUUAUAACAUAAGAUAUAAAGUCGUGAAAGGUUGACCUGACAUACCUUAAAGAAAGUAAGUAAUUCAAAAGCAUAAUGGGUACACAAAGAAAGCAAAUAUUGGCUUACUGUGCCCUGGUUAGUGGAUUUACUUUGCUGAGCAGUGCUUACAAUUUCUACUACGUUAAAGUAUUUCUGAACUUCUACCACAUCGAGGAGUCCUGGUUCCAGUUUUCACAAGUCUUGUUUAUGGUAUGGAAUGCCAUCAACGAUCCUCUGUUUGCAUAUUGUUCUGACAACAAAAACUUUAAAAUCCUGAGAACUCGUCGUGCCAUGAUUCUGUACUCUGCUCCAUUUUUCUGCCUCUCCUUCCUCGUCCCGUGGUUCCAGUGGAGUACAAAUCCAGUGAUUGUAGGCAUCCAUCUUAUAUUUGCGUUGUGCUUAUGGGAUACACUCUUUACGUUCAUUGGUUUGGCAAUGUGCUGUCUUUUCACAGAGAUAUCAAAAGACACAAACAUCAGAAUAACAAUAACUCGUGCUGCACAGGUUGCGGCAUUGUUUGGUUCUAUCAGCGUGAUGUUGCUAGAGCAUGCUUCUAAUGGCUUGCAAGACUUUAAAGCAUUUCAGGUCACAACAGUACUUAUAGCACUACUCAGCUGGUGUCUGAUGUAUUACUGUGGUAAGAAUUGUCAUACUCAGUACGAUCUGCAACAAAUGCAAGAUGAAAACAAAGAAGCAGACGACGUUUGUCACGAAAAAUCCGAGGGAGAGUCUUAUUGGAAGCAGACAUGGCAGAUCGUCAGUGACACCAACUUCUUGUCAUUUGUCAUCACCAACUUCUUUCAGGAGUUCCAUCGUACAUUUCUUUAUAAUUUUUUGGCUAUCUUUUGCGAUCAUUUAAUUUCCUCAGAUGAAAUUAGCCCGUCAACUCGGAGCACUUUCUAUGGCUUUGUUCCUUUUGCAUCAAAGAUUCUUGUGAUUUCGACAGCUCCUAUACUUCGACGCAUUCCAUACAAGAAAGUCAUUCGAACCAAUUUCAUUUGGAAGAUAUGUGGAGGUGUUUUCAUGUAUUACAUAGUAGGAAGCACACAUCCAUGGAUAUUGAUAUUAUUUUUCUUUCUUGAUGGGUGUUUUGCCAAUGGAACAUUUUCCUUGUUCAACAUUCCUUUGUCGGACAUUUCUGAUGACAACAUGAGGAAAUACAACAGAAAACACCCAAUAUCAUCUAUGGUGUACGGAACUAACGCUCUAUUCGUGAAGCCUGCCAUCUCUUUGUCUCCCAUGUUGGCAGUGGCCAUACUGAACAGAUACGGAUACAGUUAUAUACAGCAUUCUAAAAACAGCCCUGUCCGGUCCACAGCAAGCACACCGUCCCCCGACCAACUGAAGGACCUGAAGGAUGCUAUGUUCUUCCUGGUGUGUUGGUAUCCAAUCAUUAUUGGAACCAUACAGUUAAUAAGUUGGUCGUAUUUCAAAAUAACCAACAGAACUGAAAAGGAAAUUCAAGUGUCCUUAAACCCUUGAUAUGUUAGUGAAAUAAGUCAGGUUACUUUUAUCGUUUAACAUAUGAACAUAUCAUAUACAAUAAGAACUUGAUCGGAUAGACGCUCUAAUUUUAAUUAGAUUGUUUUCUGUCUUGACUACUAUAACUUAUUCGUCAGUCUUAAAAUAAUUAAGUGAUGUCUAUAGUAGGAGAGAAAAAACACAUUUCAUAUAUGAAAUCGUAAUUCCUAUUACGUGGGCCUUCAGAUUUCGUAAUAAACUAAAAAUGAUGCAGCGUUAAAUAUUCUCUUCCCACAGACCUGUAUACUUUGUAUAUAUAAAAAAUGUUAACUGGGGACUGUGGAUCAAAAUCAGGGCUGUAUUGGUCAGACAGUAAGAAUUUAUGUAAAAAUGAACUAUUGGUGCUAUCUAAGUUUUGGGAUUGCAAUGUAUUUCUUCUUCAAUUGUUAAGAUCUCCUUAAAUAACUUGUACUCCCCCCCCCCCCCCCCCCAAUGUUUUUCAUGCAUUAUUGUCAAUUUCAGGUUUCUUUAUAUCCAUUCAAAACCUUGUAAAAAUAUUGCACAAGUGGACAGUAAGACAUACAUUAUAUAAUCUGGUCAGUAUUUUAUUAUUAAAUCUAGAGCUUUUUUUCCCUUUUGGUCUGAAAAUGUAAGAACAUGUGGUCUAAAAUAGUAUUAUUUAUAAAGAAUCACUGUCCUUUUUGAAAACCAAUGCCUCCUAGGUAAAUUUUAAUUAUCUUUCAGUAAGAUGUGAAAGAAAUCAGUGUGGAAGAAAAACGUCGUCUUCAAUCUUUUUUGCAUCUUCACAAUGUCAAGGUUUAUAAUGUUGCGUUCCUCCCAUGUUGAUAUGGGGAACUUUUAACAAAGAGCUUUAACAUUGUGAGAUGUCGUUUAUGAUCGAAAAUCUUUCUUACUGGUUUCACUCCAUUGUUGUGUUCAUUUUAUUUCAUAUUAUAUAUCAUGAUAGCGAUCAAAUGGAUACUCUUCAUGCAUGGGAUCAUUAAUGUUCAAGACUGUCCUGUUAUAACAGUCAAUAAUUCUACCGGCGAUUGUGUGAUGUGUAAAUGUAAGUGGUAAACAUGGUGUGUCAUAUUGAAUAAAUUUGUAUACAUUUUUGAUUAAUUUAUAUAUUAUUAUGCAGUGUUGUAUUUUUAUACAUUUUUAAUCAAUAGUUAUACUAUUAUGCAAUAUUGAAUUUGUAUACAUUUUAAAUCGACAGAUAUAUUAUUAUGCAAAAGAUAAAAAGUCCUGAAUCUUUUAGCAUUUCUUUCAUGAGACAAUCGAAAAGUAGUGUUAAAACACAUUUCAUUGUUGGCGACUUCAAAUUAAAAGCUUUGAAGAAAUUUCUAAUCAAAUAAAUUAUAUUUAAAUACUAGUAGAAGCUUAAAGCUGAAUAUUUUCUUAAACGAAAACGUUGACAUUGACAAUUUGAAGAAUUUCCUUAAGAGGAUUACGACAUUGCACAUAUACAUGUAUAUUGCUUUACAAGAAUCACGUGUAACCUAUUUGUACGGUUUAAACAAAACCAGGUAAAUCGUUUUUUGUUUUCUUUGUUUACUGCUUAGAAGUAAAAUGGCUUCUCUAAACAACAUCUUGUUUUAAAGAAAUUGAAUAUACUCAGGGCUUUAUAUCAUUAUAUGUCAUAUAUAGAACCAUUUUAACAAGAGCUUGGACUUUGGAUAGUUGUGUCAAACAGCAAUGUGACGUAGGCCUGUCUAUUUCAUUGCUGGCCACUCAGCCAUGGCUUUUUUGAAAUCAGCAAGAUUUGUUCGGCGUUUGAGCUAAGACUACUCAAUCUAUGCAUAUUUCACUUGAAACCAGCUUCAUUUUAAACUUAUUUUGAUGCAGUAAAUAGAUACAUGUAGUUGUGUCCAACCGAAAGUCCAGGGUCUUGUUAAAAUGGUUCUAACGUUCAACACAUGAUAAUAAAAGGAAUACGCUA